AUGGUAGCCGGUUCUAGUUCCAGACUUGCUAGCGCAUCUUCAUCCGUCCCUGUGUAUGAACCUCUGGUCGAGCCUGUCGCCUCCCCUUCGUUCGCUACUGAUCUCAACUAUAGUGGAGGGGGCGAGGUUGGAAUAGGGGAUAGUGUGCCGACCUCUUUACAGUGUGCUGCACCGGCUGGUCUGGGAGAUGCAUUGUUGGAUGAUUCAGACGAUGAUGAUGUGGAGCCGGAUAUCAUUGCUGAUGACAGUGGCGAUGAUAUUGGAGCGAGUGAGCCAGCUGGGGCAGGAAGUGGUUCUAGCUCUGGCACACAACAGUACCCUCCGCACUUUUCAUCUUUGGACUUGGAUGCCAUGAGGCAGAAGGGGGUUCCUGGGGAGCCUGCUGGAUUUGGUGCUAGAGAUGCCGAAGGGUCUGCAGGUCUGACAGAGUUUCAGGAUAAAGACGAGGCUGUGUUAAGUGUGAAGACGUACAGCAUCCGACGCGGGGUACAGUACAAGGUGGUGGAGUCUGACUAUCGCCAGGAUGAUGCAUCCGUGACCAUCAAGGUGCUCCUGAAUGCAACGGCAGCACACUUUGGGUUCACAUUCAUCAUGCCAAUGGUUAGGGUUGAUGCAUUCGUCAGCAUCAAGGUGCUCCUGAAUACGACGGCAGCACAUUUUGGGUUCAGGCUGACGUACAGGAGGGUUUGGCUGGCGAAGCAGAAGGCCGUUGCCCACAUCUAUGGUGAUUGGGAUGAGUCGUACAACAAGCUCCCUAGGUGGGUGUUAGGAGUUCAGCUGACGAUGCCUGGUACUGUUGCAGUCCUUAGGACGAGCCCUGUUCGAGUUGGGGGUCAGGUGGACGAGUCGCAAGCUUAUUUUCACCGACUGUUCUGGACGUUUCCACCAUGUAUUGAGGCAUUCCGUCAUUGCAAGUCCUUGGUCAGUAUUGACGGAAUCCAUCUGUAUGCACGUGACCCCGCAACCGGUCUGCUGGUUAUAUCAGACAGGCAUAACGGCAUCAAGGCUACCCUUGAGGCUCCGGACGGAGGAUGGCUACCUCCAGCUGCCUACCGUGCAUUCUGCAUUCGACAUGUCGCAGCAAAUUUUGCCCUGACCUUCAAGGGCAAGGACGCAAAGAGGCUUCUUGUGAAUGCAGCCUAUGCUAAGACUGAGGUGGAGUUCAAUUACUGGUUUGAUAUUCUGCGAUCUGAAGACCCUGCCAUGUGUGAGUAG